UAGUAGAAAUUUUUUAUGUUUUUUAUGAUCAAGUAGUGUUGAUCAUUUGUUAGAGAUGGAUGAAAAUAUCAUUUCGAAGGCGACGGCGAAGAAGAAGAAAGGAUCAAUAUGGAGCAUCUUCAUGCAUGCGGACGGUGUCGAUUUAAUUUUGAUGUUGUUUGGUUUCAUCGGAGCCGUUGGUGAUGGUUGUACAAUACCGUUGACAUUGUUUAUCACUAGUAAGUUGAUGAAUAAUAUUGGAGGGAGUUCCAAUUUCAAUAGCUCUGAUUCUUUUACCAGCCAUAUUAAACAGAAUGUAACAGUAUUAUUGAUGAUUGGAGCAGGAGCGUGGAUACUUUGUUUCCUUGAGGGAUAUUGUUGGACUAGGACAGCAGAAAGGCAAGCUGCAAGAAUGAGAUAUAGAUACUUAAAAGCAGUGUUGAGGCAAGAUGUGAGCUACUUUGAUUUGCAUGUUGGAAGUACCUCCGAAGUUAUUGUUAGUGUUUCUAGUGAUAGCCUUACCAUUCAAGACGUAAUAAGUGAAAAGGUACCGAAUUUUGUGAUGAACACGUCCACUUUCUUUGGAAGCUAUUUGGUGGCAUUCCUAUUGCUUUGGAAGCUAGCAAUAGCGGGUUUGCCAUUCAUAGUUCUGCUCAUUAUACCGGGCUUGCUGUAUGGAAGGAUAUUGAUGGGGCUAGCGAGGAAGCUAACACUUGAGUACAACAAGGCAGGAAGUGUAGUAGAGCAAGCAAUAUCGUCUUUAAGAACAGUCUAUGCCUUUGUAGGAGAGAACAAAACAAUGGAUAAGUUCUCAACUGCUUUGGAAGGGUCAGUGAAGUUAGGGCUCAAGCAAGGUUUGGCUAAGGGUGUCGCGAUUGGUAGCAAUGGUCUGAGCUUUGCUGUUUGGGCUUUCAGUACUUGGUAUGGUAGUAAGCUUGUCAUGUAUCAUGGUGCUAAAGGUGGUACCGUCUUUGCCGUUGGUGCUGCCCUCUCUAUUGGAGGACUGUCUCUUGGUUCUGGUUUAUCAAACGUCAAGUACUUUUCAGAAGCUGCUUCAGCUGGAGAGAAAAUAAUGGAAGUAAUUAAGAGGGUACCGGAAAUUGAUUCAGAAAACAUGGAAGGACUUACCUUGGACAAUAUUUCAGGGGAGGUCGAGUUUAAGCAUGUCAACUUCUUUUACCCUUCAAGACCAGAUUCAAUAAUAUUCCGCGACUUUUCACUGCAAGUUCCUGCAGGGAAGACAGUCGCGUUAGUUGGGGGAAGUGGUUCGGGCAAAUCCACUGUAGUAGCUUUGCUUCAGAGGUUCUAUAACCCACUUGACGGGCAGAUACUUUUAGACGGGGUGUCUAUUGAUAAGCUUCAACUUAAGUGGUUAAGAUCACAAAUGGGGUUAGUUAGCCAGGAACCUGCACUAUUCGCGACUACAAUUAAGGAGAACAUACUUUUUGGCAAGGAAGAUGCUACUAUGGAUGAGGUUAUUGAAGCUGCAAAAGCGUCUAAUGCUUACAAUUUCAUUAGCCAAUUGCCUCUUGGUUUUGAUACUCAGGUUGGAGAAAGGGGAGUCCAAAUGUCAGGAGGACAAAAGCAGAGGAUUGCAAUAGCAAGAGCUACAAUCAAGAAACCUCGUGUUCUUCUUCUAGAUGAAGCAACAAGCGCGUUAGAUUCAGAGUCUGAACGAGUUGUCCAAGAAGCCCUUGACAAGGCAGCUGUAGGACGGACUACA